AUGCGUUCUGCAGAAAACAUGUCCGAGAACGGUAGCGCUCCCCCCCCCGAGGCACCCGUCAAUACCGAGCACCUCAACAUUAAGGUGUCUGAUAACAACAACGAGGUUUUUUUCAAGAUCAAGCGCUCCACAAAGCUAGAGAAGCUCAUGACGGCCUUUUGCGAGCGCCAGGGAAAGUCUCCCAGCUCGGUCCGCUUCCUCUUUGAGGGUACCCGCGUCCAGCCUACCGAUACGCCCGAAGCCCUCGAGAUGCAGGACGGGGACCAGCUCGACGUCCACCAGGAGCAGGUCGGCGGCGGUGCCAGGUCGUCUUUCUAA